AUGUCUCGAUCCCGCCAUGCAAGGCCUUCCAGAUUAGUCAGGAAGGAAGAUCUAAACAAGAAGAAAAACAACCAAGGGAAGAAGACAUCCAAGCCAGCAAACAAGAAUGUAGCCUCAGUGAAGACUGUGACCCCCGGAAAAUUAAAGCAAUUAAUUCAAGAUCGAGAUGUUAAGAAAAAGACAGAACUCAAACCACUUGUGCCAGUCAGAAGCCUUCUGACCAGAUCUGGGGCAGCUCGCAUGAAUUCUGAGAGGACCGAGGUUCUUUUUCAGAACCCAGAGUCCUUAACUUGCAAUGGGUUUACAAUGGCUCUCCGAAGUACCUCUCUUAGCAGGCGACUCUCCCAACCCCCGGUGGUUAUUAGCAAACCUAAGAAAGUCCCACCUUCAAAGACUUCAGAAAAGCAGCGUGAGUGUGACUAUAAGGUACUCAAUGACAUGGAAGUAAUGCACUCAGAAAAUGAUCCAGUCCCAAACCAAGAUCCCCUAAUGGUCUCUGCUGUAGAUAAUCUAAUUGGUAUCCAAAAUGAAUGUCUAAUUAAAGGCAAGAGCCAAGAAAGCCAAGAAGCAACCCAGUCUUGGUCUCAAAGAAUAGAAGAUUCCCAAAUCAAUCUUCCCAUGAAUAGUAGGCCUGCAGCAGAGAUCCUUUCUGAAUCUUUGGAAGGAAAUCAUGAUGGUGACAGACUCUUCUCCGAACAGACACCAAGUGAUGUCAGCCAUCACCCUGGAACAUUUGCUCAGGAGACUGUGUGUGCUCCUUCGCCCCAAAGAACGACUCCUGAACCGACCCAUCAGAGAACCCCUAAUAUUCAGGUAGAAGACUUGGGUACACGAGUAGAAUCUCUUAAGCUGUCUGAUUCUUAUCUGGAUCCCACGAAAAGUGCAUCUGUUCACCCCCUCAUCUCCAAUUUUAAUAGGAUUACACCUGGAAUGGACCUUAGAAACUGCUUAUCUUUUGAUGGGUCUAUGUAUCCCGCUGCUCUAAUAAAAUUCCUCUUGGCAGGCUCAGAGCCAGAAACCACUGGUGCUAAACCAGAUCCUCAAGAGGUCUUCAAAGCUACCCCAGAUCAACAGGAAGUUCCAGAUUCCACCCCUGUCCUAGGACAGACCUGUAGUUCUCUGCCACAAUGGGUAUUUCCUGGUGCUAACCAAGUACAUGGUGAGGCCCUGGGUUUGGUUCCAGGCCCACCAGAGAUUCCUGGUGCUAUUUCAGUCCAAGGAGAGAUCUUUGGUACUAUGCUAAACCAACAAGAGCCUCUUGAUAUGAGUAUGAGUGCUGCCCCAGCCCUGCCUACCUUCCUUCCUAUUCCUAUAAACACCAUUGCUACCUACAAUGCUCCCUCAAACUGGUCCGAGUCCCAGGGCACUGUCUUAUAUGGACUUGAUGUCCAGGGUGCUAUGCCGAUUUUGUCUUUGGACUCGGGACAUACUCCUCAAUCAUCAUCAAUCUCAGAGCCAAGUUCUAUACCUCCAGUCAUAGCUGCAAGCAAUGUAGAAAAUGAGAAGCAGGUUUCUGUAAGCCUUCUUCCAGCUAACACUCAGGGGUUCACCUUCACCCCUGAAAGUGGAUUUUACCAUUCACCCGUGGAUAUUAGUCAAUUCUCUCAGACUGGUCUGAGCAUAUUGGAAAAAAGUACUUCUCAGGCCAACGUGAAUAGCUUAGGUGAUGUCCACACCACAGGCAUGUCUAUGCCAACAUCCCUUGUCAAUACCUCAUCUUCUUCCUGUACAACGUUGCCACCAAUGUCGGAGAAGAAGAAACGAAAGCCAUGUGGAGUCUGUGGGCCCUGCCAGCAGAAGACCAACUGUGGGGAAUGUACUUACUGCAUGAACAGAAAGAACAGCCAUCAGAUCUGUAAGAAGAGGAAAUGUGAGGUGCUGAAGAAGAAACCAUCCGCCCACAUACCUUUGGAGGUUAUAAAAGAAAACAAGAGGUCCCAGAGGGAAAAGAAGCCCAAAGUUUUAAAGGCAGAGCUUGACAAGAAAUUAGUAAAUGGCCCCGAGUCAGAAUCCAUGGAAAACAGCAAAUGUGGUCAUGGGGAAGAACAAAGAUUGGAUUUGAAUGCAGCUCCCCCUGAAAAUGUAACUAAAAAUGAAGGAAGCAUGACAGGUAUUGAGGUGGAGAAAUGGACAGAAAACAAGAAGGCACAUUUAACUGAGCAGGUCAAAGGAGACUUUAGUUCCCCUAUAACAGAAGCUGAAAACUCAAGAAACUCUAAAGAUGACCAGAAAACAACUGAAUCUUCCAAAUUAUUUGCACACACCCUUAGAAAUGGCAUUGAAAAUGUACACUAUAUCCCAGCUGAGACAAAUGCAUCAUUUAACAAAUUCAACUUUGGAGAAUUGGACAAAGCAUUGGAAAACCAUUCCUUCAAAUUCCUGACAGACACUGCCAACCAUAACCAUGCCAUAAGCCCUAUUGCUUCUGGUGCAAGCGACGAUCAUCUCAAGGAUAGUCAAGUGCUAAACUUACAGAAACCUGGCUUUAACAACAAAUCUGAGGAUUCUGCAAACUUAAAUAUUCAUACUACUUCAGUGAGAGAAGUUGAACAAUCGCAGACACCCGAGAUUAAACCACAUAAAGAACCAAAAGAUGGAUCUCCAGUUCAACCAAGUCUUCUCUCCCUAAUAAAAGAUAGGAGAUUAACUUUGGAGCAAGUGGUAGCCAUAGAGGCUCUCACUCAACUCUCAGAAGCCCCAUCUGAGAGUUCCUCACCAUCAAAGUCUGAAAAGGAUGAAAGAACAGCUCAGAGAACAGCUAGCUUGCUGAAUAGUUGUAAAAUUAUCUUAAGUUCUGUAAGAAAAGACCACCCAGUCCCCAUUACUCAAGGAGGGACACAAAGAACUCAUCACAGUCCAUCUUUGGAAAAGCAGAGUUCAUGCAACACAGUAUAUAAUGGCCACAGUACCCUAUACAAGUCACAUAUCAAUUCAGCUACUUAUGAAGUAUUCAGAAAGCCACAGGAGCAUUCCAAAAUCAAAAAUGUUGUAUCUUUUUUAACACCCAAAUCAAAUUCAUCCCAAACUGAUACCAAUAAAAAUGUUGGAGGUGGAGAUACCCUUGAAGAUGGUUCUAAGGCUUUGCCUCAGUUGCCACAAAUUAAUAAAUGGGGACAUUACAACUUGUUAUUGAACAGUAGCAAAAAUUUGAAUUCACAUAACCCAUCAUGUCAGAAUGUAUCCCAUAGUCAAAUUGAGGAAGAUGUGGCAACACAAUUAACACAACUGGCCUCGAUCAUUAAAUGCAAUUAUGUAAAUCCAGAGGACAAGAAUGUUGAAACCGCACCAACAAACAUUGUUACAAAUAAAGUACAGGAGAAAGAGCUGAAAGAAGAGAAACCAAUUUUAAGUGUACAAAAUCAUCAUGGUUUAUCAUCUGUAAAGCCAAAGAGCACAACUCAGAAGAAAGCAAAGUCUACUCAGUCAAGAGAUCGAAAGAAAAAGUCUACAGUCCUCAACGCUCAAGAAAAUGGCCAAAAGAAUCAGGAACAGUUAGCAAAUGAAUAUAAUAAGUUGCAUGACAUUUGGAUGGCAUCCAAAUUUCAAAGAUUUGGACAGUUUGGUCCACAUGAUUUUCCUCUUUUGGGAAAUACUCUUGCCAAAGAAUGGAAACCACUGAUUCAAACUGGUUCAGCCGGAAAACGUAAAUUAUUUCUCCCACUUUCUCAGAUUAAAUUCAAGCGAUAUUGUCAAUUAAGCCAGGAAGAAAUGAAGAUUGAACCAUUGGACUCAUUCCCAAAUCAUCUCCAAACAGAGUCCAAGGGGCAAGCAUUUACAGACAAAGUUGGUAAUUCUCAGGUACAGUCAAUGGUGAAUGUCAAUCAGAAAAUUCUUCCUUGGCCUCCAUCCUCCUUGUCUAUCCAAUGUGAGAAUGUGAUGGAGAAUGAUAAGGAAACACAGUUCCAACAUGGUGGAACUCCAGAGGAGUGUCUGCCCACAUUGCCUAGUGAGAUCCUUUUAGCUGACCCAGAACCAGUUCUCAGGAAUGUGAAUGUAGUAAGUUCAGGUGUAGUUAAUAGUAAGAGCAAAGAGGAGGUCCAUUCAUCUAGUGUUGGAGCUACAGAAUCUGCCAUGGUCUCCAUGAGUAAACGGAAAAGAAAUACGGGGCCUCCGGUCAAAGAUGAAGGGCCAGAUUGCAACUGUCAAGGUAAGUUCUUGUGGAAACAAAAGGACAAAGGGCCAUAUUACACACAUUUGGGGGCAGGACCUGAUGUUGCUGCUAUCAGGACACUCAUGGAGACUAGGUACGGCCAACAAGGAAAGGCAAUAAGGCUAGAAAAAGUAGUAUACACAGGCAAAGAAGGAAAGAGUUCUCAGGGGUGUCCAGUUGCUAAGUGGGUUAUAAGAAGAAGCAGUAAUGAAGAAAAAGUUCUUUGUUUGGUCCGGGAGCGCCCAGGCCACUAUUGUCAAACAGCAGUGACAGUGGUGGUCAUCAUGCUAUGGGAAGGCGUUCCUUGGCUGCUAGCUGACAGAUUGUACGCGGAGAUAACUCACAGUCUAAGGUCGUACAAUGGUCAUCCGACAGACCGAAGAUGUACCCUCAACGAAAAUCGUACCUGUACAUGCCAAGGACUUAACCCAAAAACCUGCGGAGCCUCAUUCUCUUUUGGCUGUUCAUGGAGCAUGUAUUUAAAUGGCUGCAAAUUUGGUAGAAGCUGUGGACCCCAAAAAUUUAAAAUCGGUCGCAACUCUCUCUCACAUGAGAAAAUACUUGAAGAUAAUUUACAGGGUCUGGCUACAUUUUUAGCUCCAGUUUAUGAACAGUUUGCUCCGGAGGCUUACCAAAAUCAGGUGGCAUAUGAAGAUGUUGCUGGAGAGUGUCGUCUUGGUACCAAGAAAGGUCGUCCUUUUUCUGGGGUCACUUGCUGUCUGGACUUCUGUGCCCAUUCUCACAGGGACAUUCACAACAUGCUUAAUGGAAGCACUGUGGUCUGUACAUUACUGGGAGAGAAAAACCGCGAGCCAGAGGGCAUUCCUGAGGAUGAGCAGUUCCAUGUCCUCCCCCUGUACAAACUGGCAGACACUGAUGAAUUUGGUUCCCAGGAGGGGAUAGAAGCCAAGAUCAAGUCUGGGGCCAUUCAUGUCCUAAAGCCCUCCCUCACUAAAAGAACCCGUUUCGUUAAUCCUGUGCCUCGUUGUGGAAAAACGAGGUCAAGGGCCUCCGCAGAGAUCCUGGACGAGGUGGAGGAGGAGAAACCCCUGAAGAAAAAAGCAAGAGAAAUCCACAGUCCAGCUGAGCAGCUAACUUCUAGUCAACCCAACCAGCUGCUGCCAUUAGUCACUUCCCGUCCUGUAGUAGAAGAUGAGCUGCAUUCUGAACCAGAUGAGUCUCUCCUAUCUGAAGACCUGUCAGCUGAUGAAGAGAACCUGCCCGACAUCGAGGAAUAUUGGUCAGACAAUGAGCCCAUCUUCUUGGAUCCCAAUAUUGGGGGUGUGGCAAUAGCACCCACACAUGGCUCCAUUUUGAUUGAGUGUGCAAGGCGAGAGCUUCAUGCCACCACUGCUUUGAUCCACCCCAACCGACUUUUACCUUGUCGCCUCUCCCUUGUAUAUUACCAGCACAAAAAUCUGAAUUUGCCCUUACAUGGUUAUGAACACAACAAGAUUAAGUUUGAGGCUAAAGAAGCUAAGAAUAAGAGAAUGAAGAUUUCUCAUCCAAGUGACCUGGCAGCUAACUGUAUUGAACAGUCCCCUGAAAGUGAAGUAAAUGAAUUGAGCCUAAUUCCUUCUCAUAAAACAAUAACAUUGACCCAUGACAACGUUGUCACUGUUUCCCCUUACGCUCUCACACAGGUGGCUGGGCCCUAUAACCGUUGGGUCUGAAGGUAUCUCCAACCCCCUUUUAAAUAAUGCCUUUGGUAGUGCAGUGUAUUUUUUCAAGGUGCUGUUUAAAGAAAGUUAUGUUGUGGUUUA